GAGUGUCUUUCCUUUACGCUUGGUACCGCUGCCUGACCGACGGCAAGAAUCAGCAGAGCCAGAAAUCUUUUCAGAAGGGGGCAAGGGCAUUUCGAGUGAGAUUCCGCUACCUUCCAUCUUGGGAAGAUUAUGAGCUUGCCAAGUGGAAAGCUGCCGACCAUGCGAUGGACGUCGCAGAGUCCCAGGUGCUGAUGGGAUUGAAAAAAACGAAGGCAGUGUAUGAUGUGCAGAUUGCCCUGAAGAGCCAAGGAUUUUCGGCAUCACAAGAAGAUCUUAGCAAGUGGUUUUCGAAAGGCGGCGUGAAAGCAAUGUCGCCGAAGGCUAUCGGGACAAUGCUCAAGAUUUGGUCUCGGUUUUCCCAGGCAGGCCAGGCUGCCGUGAGGGCCGUUGAGAUCUUGGAUUCCCAAUUUGGGUCGCGGCACUGCAUGGCAUGGACCACCAAUCUGGAUUUCAUCUGCCAGCGCACCAGCUGCCGAAAGACCAGUUCCAUCCAGAACGCCUUGCUGGUCUGGUGCCUUGAGUGCUUGCUGGAAGAUGUUGGGUGCAAACGCUUCCCUCCAGACCUGAACCAGCCAUCCUUGAAGAUCGUCGUGAGCCGGUACCUCCUGAAGAAGCGAGUCUUGACUUACAUCGCGAGGAAGUUUCCUGCUUUGGACGAAGCAGGCAGAUCCUACGACACCAGAUUUCACCCAAGCAAGGUUUUGGACAACAUGUUCUCCACUGUAGCAGCUUGGAAAGAGUCUGGCUUGAGCAGCACUUUGCCCACAAACCUCAGUUGGCUGCAGCUCUUGCCUGAAUACCAGCAGCAGCUCCUUCAAUUUGGUACGCAGUUGCUUCGGGGCUCUCCAGAUCUGGACAGAGUCAUGGAUGCCGCACUUGACCGCGACGCGCUAGUUGCAGCGGAGGUCUUCUUGAUGGGAGCCGAUUUCCAGAAGCUUGGUAUCUAUCACCAUGAUGAGUUCUUGGAAGCAGCUGCUGCAGCCAAGCGUGGCCCAGAAGCACCUGAGCCGGCUCAGGAGCAAGUUGCUGCAGCAGAAGAACCCGUGCAGGUGGCAAGUGCAGCUGAGGAGGUUGCAGAGGAACCUUCUCUUCAAACUGCGGAAGCCGAGGAGGAUACCAAGCCAGAUGCCAUGGUUGUUGAAUUAGAAGGUGAGCCUGACAAGUUGGAUAGGCUUGCGUCUUUUCCUACCUUGCGGGAAAGCAUGCCAGACACGUUCCAAGACAUCCUGUACAAGAACAAAUGUGACGUCGCUUUUGCACAGGUUGCCCCAGCUUCUUCAGAGUGGAGAAACUACACCUUCCCUGCGGGCCCCAAGCUUUUCCGCAUGGAUUUGAAAACGCGACGGAGCGAGCCGGAUGCGAAGACACCCUACAAGAAGGUGCCCCAGACAUGCAAGACAGAGCAGAGGAACAUCUUGCAAGCUUUGCUUGGCGAUCCUGCCAUCACAGGAGACCAGCAGUUUGGCAUGAGUGCCGAAGACAUGCUGGUCUACCAUGAUGGCCGCAAUCUUCGCAACGGAAUGCAGUUCAUGAAGGAUGUGGCAAAACCUUUAGCUCUGCGGAAGGUGAUGUGGCCAGCCAGGAAAGUCGCCCAGGUCAGACUCCUUUACCACAAUGAUGAGUUUGAGACCGGUUUUGCCCGCCCCGCUCGCAGAGUCGAAAGCAGCGUGAUUUCAACCUCAAGUGCUUCCAGCCCUGAGCCGUUGGAAACCAUCUACAUCCUGAAGCCCAAAGAUGUGACGGUGCCUCUCCGUGCACGUGUUCAUGUAGAUCUAGCAGGGAGAAACCGCGACCGUGGAUGGGCCAAGAAUGGUCUCAAGAAUGCAGAGGAGAGGCUGCUCACUGCUUUGCCCACCCACAUCUUGGAGAAAAUGUUUACAGGCCAAGCUCGCGGAGAUGGCCUAGAAGAUGAAGUGCUGGAUUUGGAGCCUGAACAGGAGGCAGAAGAGACGGAUGGAGAGGAGGGCAACGAUUCGACAAAGCAUAGCUUGCUGUUUCCAUGGGAAGCCGAGGAGAAGCAGGUGUUGGAAAUCUACAAUUGCUACAGCGUCAGCCAGCAGGUCACCAUCGUGGACAUUUAUGGUGGCGCAAUGGCAGCUAUUGCUGCUUGUCGUGAGAAAAGGAAUUACCUGGGAUUUGUUCCAAACACCUUCUCCCAGACCGUCCUUCAUGAGAUGGUUCUCCUGCGAGUGCUGAUUGACAUGGUCCUUGGCAGCAUCGUGACCAAGCGGCGCCAUUUGACGAGGGCCCACAGCCUGGGAGGGGAGCCCGAUGUGCAUUUUGCAGCCCACCAGCAGCCUUCCGAACCGAAUGGCCCACCAUCGCCAGGUUCAGGUGCUCCACCACCUGCAGAUCAGGGUGAAAGUGAUGACAGCAGCGUAGCCAGUGACUCGUAA